AUGUCCAAGCGAGCACAUGAGGUUGCAGAGGCCAUGCGACUGAACGCAAUUCGUGCAAACCGCACCCGUAGGCAAGCUAUCGCGCUCGACCUGAAUCAACAGUCAGCUUCUGCUCGACAGGGCUCACGAAAAGCUCCUAUCGACCUCACGGGGGAUGAUGGUAACCAGAAGAAAGCAACCAACUCGAAGCGCAAAGCGACCUCUCGGCCCUCCUCGUCGUCAUCAAAGUCGGCAGCAAAGCCAGCACCAUCUCACAAGGGAACAUCAGACCCUCCCCCCACGAAGAAGCGCAAGAAGGAUGAGGAGAAGCGUCCGGGCCGAUUCCGGCCCCAGCCUCCUCAGUCAUUCCACGACAUUUAUGAGCGUGCGAUCACCCAGCGCUUCUUUGUCUUGUCGCGGGCCCGUACCGGCAGCGAGGAGCAUCCCGCCGAAAUGGUUGAGUUGACGGGUUCGACUGGCAACAUCUACACUGUCAUCAUUGAUAAUCGACCAACAUGUACCUGUCCACACGCCACCAAGAGCAAGCAGUGUAAACACAUCUUGUUUGUCAUGAAGAAGGUGCUCAACGCACCCUUCAACCUCGUCUAUCAGCUGGGACUCUUGAAUUCGGAGCUGCACGCCAUCCUCGCCGCGGCCCCGCCGAUCGAGGCCCCCGAGGUCGAGCAGGAGAAGCAAUCAGACAAGCGCAAGCCAAUCGAGGGGGACUGCCCCAUCUGCUUCUCGGAGCUGGAGGAGAAGGGCGAGACAAUCGUGUGGUGUCGGGCAGCAUGCGGCCAGAACAUCCACAAGCAGUGCUUCGACACAUGGGCUCGCACAAGGGGGGGCAGCGGCAAGGUCACCUGUCCCAUGUGUCGGUCUUGUUGGGAAGGCCUUGACGUUCAAGGCGUCAGCAAGAUCAGGCGGGACAAGGGCGUCGAGAGCGAGGGCUAUAUCAACGUUGCCGAUCAGCUGGGGAUCAGUCGGGAACGGGACUACAGCUCGUAUUCUGAAUGGUUCGGUCGCCCUCGUUACGAUGGUGGUGGAUGGAGUCAGAGAGGUCGAGAUCGCCACGGCCGUUGGUAUUAA